ACUGCCAAGCACCCGGAAGUUAUCCGACAGUGGCGCGUUGAACUUUCAUGAUGUCGAAGUUGAAAACAAUCGUUUGGCCCAAAGUGAUUUUAUUCGGAGACUCCAUCACACAGUUCUCCUUUCAGCCCAACGGGUGGGGAGCAGACAUCGCUAACAGACUCGCGAGAAAGUGCGACGUGGUGAACAGAGGACUGUCCGGGUACAACUCCCGAUGGGCCAAGAUCGUUCUCCCUCGUCUGAUCAGCAGCCACAGCUCAGACGACAACAUCAACAACAACAACGUCGCCGCUGUCACUGUUUUCUUUGGAGCCAACGACAGUUCACUGGAAGAUAAAAACCCGCAGCAGCACAUCCCUCUGCAGGAGUAUUCAGAGAACUUAAAGGAGAUCAUCCGGCUUCUGGCUUUAGCCGGAGUGUCCGCAGACAGAGUUAUCUUCAUCACCCCCCCACCCCUUCACGAGCCAGCCUGGGAGAAGGAGUGUAUUUUAAAAGGAUGUCCUCUCAAUCGACACAACUCUGUAGCGGGGCAGUACGCCCAGGCGUGUGUCCAGGCCGCUGGUCAGUGCGGUACAGACGUCCUGGACCUCUGGACACUCAUGCAGAAAGAUGGACAGGACUUCACAGUCUACCUGUCUGAUGGACUCCAUCUCUCAGAGAAAGGGAACCAGUUUGUGGCCCAGCACCUGUGGGGGCUCCUGGAAAGUCGAGUGGCCCACUUGCCCUUCAUCCUGCCCUACUGGGGAGACGUGGACGCCAAGAGCCCCGACAGCAGCCUGCUCUGCGACCAGUGACCACUCACAUGCACAUUAGUUAGAAAAAAAAAUACUGUGGACUUGAUAUUUGGAAGGGAGCCUGAAACUGCACUGCAUUCCUGCUGCGAGUCACUGACGCAGCUGGGAUGUGCAACACAAGACCAAGUGUUCACGUUUAAAAUGCACAUUUAAGAUUUUUAUUUUGAGAUGAGAUGCAAGCAUGACAUUUAAAGGGGAAGACGAUGGUGAAUAUUUGUAGAGAAAGAAACAAACAAUAAAAACAUCAGAAUAUUAGAUACAAAUAUUUUCUAAUUGUGUCACAGUUCACAUCCAUCCGGUUGAGCUUAUGUUCGCUACACAGUCGACUCAUUUUCAACAUACAGUUAAUUACAGAUUUUAUUAUUAUAACAAAACAGCAGGCGACAGAGACAGUCUUAAAAAAAAAAAAGAGAAAAGGGGCACAAACUCACAUUGGCACAAGGAUAGAAACAAAGUGGAAACGUAAUAUCUGAACACCUCGGAUGGUUUCUUUUGAAAUACAUUUCAGCAUUGUCUGCAUUCAUCUACCGGGAAUAUUCUCUUCUCCUUUCCAUAAAACCGUUAGGAACAGCGAGGCACAAAAUCUGAAAAGGCACCAUGUUGUUUCAUAUCACUCACACACACACAAAAAACUGACACUUUGAUUCUCUUUAAGAUUCAACAGCUGAACAAAUACAGUAAGUGUAACGCUGGAGAGACUUCCGCUCAUUCCUUGCACAGGAGUAACAAGUGAGUCAAAAACAUGAACAGGCCUGUGAUUUUUCAAAGCAUCAAUUCCUGACAACAGUAAGAGCAUGUACAAAACUUAAUGAAACUCUGGUGAUGUGAAAAAUA